AUGUCAUCUGAGGAUAUACCAAGGAUUCCAAAAAGACCUCAGAGGGUACACAGGCCUAAUGAUGUCAACGAGCCUAUUCAAACAAGAUCUUUGUCGUCUUCUAGUGUGGAUAAAACUUCGCUCAGUGAUAGUGGUCCUGAAUCACCACAGAUACCAGUCAAUCGGCCCCAAAGGUUGAAGACCAAGUCACCUACGCCAGUAGGGGAAAGUGAUUCGAGUCCUGAUGUUGAAGUUCCACCAGUUCCUUCUACUCGUCCCAAUCGAGCAAUAACAGAUGAAGAGUCGAACAAAAGUGAUUCAAUAGAUGAUGAAUCGCCACGCCCUCCAGUUAAUCGUCCUCAGAGGGUACGCACGACAUCUCCAAUGCCAUCUGCUGCAAUCGCAGGGCAUUUAUCAAAGGCAAACACGGCAGAUGCGAUUGGAGGUCUGGGAGCACCUAGUAUGCCGUUGAACAGACCUGUAAAGCGUACAACUACUGAGAGUCUCGACCGUUUGGUACAAAAUACUAGUGUUCAGCUCAAGGAAAUGGAACAAUUGAUCUCCAAACAUAAUGAACGGGCGGCAGAGCUAGGUGAUGUUGAUGCGCAAAGAGAUGGUUCUUCGAAGGAAGGGCUACUUGCGGAAGAAGACAAAGAUGAACGUGAGUCGAUUAAGGAAGUAAGUGGCGAACACCGGUUGAAUACACAAGAGGAUGAACAGGUAGAGAAGCAGCAUAAGGACCAGCCCGCUCAAGCCGUCUCAAAUGGCAUUGAAUCCAGUGAAGCUGAUUCUGUACACGGAAGAGGGCCACCUGAAGAAGUCAGUGAGAAGCAAGAGUCUUUGGAGGGACCUGUAUUGAAUCCAUUGUCCAACGAAGAUGACAAGAUUUUAAUUUCUGCAAAUGAAAGUGAACCUGUUAAUGAACAAAUGAAGGAGCAAUCGGAGACCCCAUCAGAUACUGUCAAAUCUUCACCUGAUAGCGCACCAAAUAUGCCUAGACGCCCCAUCAGGACAGGUCCCUCUAUGUUACCGGCCAACGAUUUGCCCAAGAGUGAUACUCAAACUCCAGAGCCCCAAUUAAAGACUGAUGAUUCCAGUGGCUCGGAAACCUCAAUCACCAAGAAGCGUGCACCACCUGUGCCUAAGAAACCGUCAUCUCGAAUUGCAGCAUUCCAGGAGAUGUUACAAAAGAAACAGCUAGAACAACUACAAGGCCCAAAGCCCCAACAUACCUUAAAACAAGAAGUUGCUGAGUCACAACGAUCUAAACAUGGCGAUGAGAAAGCACAAUUCCGGCAGAACCUGAAUGCGUUGUUUACGAUUCCAGGAGCACCAGCUCCAGCUGGCGUGGCAACGACACCAAGUGAAAUCCCAACUGGUGAGUCGACUAAUGAAGACAAGAAAGAGAAAACAUUACCUGAUGUUCGUCAAAAAAGGGCUAGAGGUCCUCGCGGACGUAAACUACCUUCAAAAGUCGCCACAGUUGAGAAAGUCCGUAAUGAAUCUACUGGCAAUAACAUCGAAUUGUUCCAUUCGUGGACUACAAUUCCUCGCACUCGAAAAGAGGAUGAAGAAGAUACAAUCGUGAAGGAAGAAGCAGUUCAGCUACCGAGUGCGGGGCAAGAUAGUUCGGCUAACGAUGGCAUUGAGGAAAGACGUUCCUCCGUUGUGCAAUCGCCAAGUGGUCAAAAGACCGAAACUCCAGAGCACUCAAUCAACCAGACUGAGGCAUCGCUCAGUGAACUAGCAGAGGAGCUUGAGUCAGAGCAUUCAGGAAGUAUCCCUGCGACAAAUGAAAAGGAGGGUGAAAUGGAGGAAGUUGGUCCUGAGGCCAUCGAAAGUCCACAAGACUCCAUCUCUAAGCAGAUAUCCAAGGAUGAGAUUCCACCAGAGUUUCGCACCUCAAAGGAAAUAAGUGAGGAUUGGAUAACGGGCGACAUCGAUUUAACUGAGAAAUAG